AUGAGAGCUGUCCCCGAGUGGAAUGGGCUGUCGCUUGGCGAGCAUUCCGCUCGCCCCCUCCGAUCGCCAAUCAGUGCAGGCCGCACCCCUCCCCUCUCCCGUCCCGCUCCGCCUCGAGCCCGCCGCCCACUCUCGAGGCCCGCCCCGCGCCGGCCGCGCUCCGGCCACGCGCUGCGUGUGCGUUUGCCCCUGUGCGUGCGCGUGCGUGCGCGGAGAGCCGGUUCGGCUAUUCGGGAAUCUCGCCUGCUCCUGCCGCCCGCGCCUCCUCCCCUCCUCUCUGGGAGGCGACUCUCCUCGCUCUCCCGUGUCCUAGCGCGCCUCCUGGUCCUCUCGGGCCCCCUCCUCCAUCUGCCCCUCACCACUUGCUCCCCAGCCAUGCUCUGCGGGGGCCCGGCGCGCUUCCUGGCCCUGGCCUUCACCUCGGCGCUCCUGCUGCACGGAGGAGCUGGGAAGAGUUUGAAAGAUGGGCUGGAUGAAUCUAAUCUGGGUUUUGAGUUGAGUGAUGCUCUUCCCACAACCACUAACCCCCCUCUAAAGAAAACAGGGAUUGCCAAAGGUUUAAGAUUCGACCUGACUGACUCCUUAUAUGAGCGAAUUGAACGACUUAAACGAGGAAGUGGCAAGCCCAAUCAGAAGUCUAAGGCAGGUUUUGAGUUGAGUGAUGCUCUUCCCACAACCACUAACCCCCCUCUAAAGAAAACAGAUUUUGAAGAUCUUGGUUUUCACUUGAGCGAUGCCUUAGAUGAAAAAAAUGAUGGAUUCAAUGGUGGUGGAGGCAGGCCCAAUCUAAAACCUGGUGAAGGACUCACAGAUAAGGAUCUAGAAGAUAUUUUAGAGGAUGGCUACAAACCCGAUAAGGGCAAAGGUGAUGGCAGGUAUGAAAGCAAUGAUGACCCUGGAGCUGGAACAAUAGCAGAAACUGGGACAAUUGCCGGCAUAGCCAGUGCCCUUGCGAUGGCACUCAUUGGAGCAGUCUCCAGUUAUAUUUCCUACCAACAAAAGAAAUUUUGCUUUAACAUUCAACAGGGUGAAGAGGGUGUCAAUACAGACUAUGUGAAAGGACAAAGCCUGGAAGGUGUGAGCACUGAAGAACCUCAAGUUAAAUAUUCAGCAUUGCAAACCCAAUCUGCAGAGAAACCUUCCCAAGAGACUCCGAAGAUCUAACUCCACAGCAAAUGCAUACAUGUACAUUUCAAAUGCUUGUAAUUUUGCUUAUUUAAUUUGGAUUGAAAGCUGUUCUCCAGCUCUAUGGAAUAACUGGCUUCUUAUUGACAAGCUUUUUUUGGUGGGGAGGAUUUGGUUAUUUAUGUUGGGCUGAAAAAAACUUAAUGUUAAUAUGUUUAAAAGUGAUGGGGUCACAAAAGUGUGAGAUAACUGGCCUAGCCUCUCAUGGAAUAGAAGUGUCUAAGAGGAAGGUUGAUGAAAACCCAGGGAGAUUUAUUCUAGCUCCUUGGGACCACUGGCUCCCUUGUACUCACAGACAGUAGUUCUCCCAAGGAAGUCCAGGCCUAUGCUUCUCUAGUGCAGUUGGGAAAUUGAAAUAAAGUACUGAACUUAGGUAGUCAGGAGUGAUAUAGAAAUAGAACAAGGGGGAAAAAAACCUCAGAAACUAAGCAUAAGAAAGAGAUGCAAAUGAGCACUGAGGUCACUGAGUAGAGUUAGAAAUAUCCUACUACUAGAUAUUUAUUUCAGGGUACCAAACCUGGGCUUUUUUCCCCCUGAAACUUUGAGGGGGUGGUCUUCAGCAUGUGCAACCUGACCCAGCUCUCUAAAAGUGGAAAAUGUAGGGUUUUUUUAAACUUUCCCACCCAAGAAAACUCAAUUAUAGAAAAAUGUCUGUAGCAUUAAUUAUUUACUUAUGUUAUCUUGUGACAAAGAUAACAUUACCUGCUAGUGUGUGGGAAUGUGCUUAUGUCCGUGAAAGAGCAUGACUCAGAAACAGCCAGGGCUACACACAGACAGUGUUGCCUAGUGGACAGAGAAAGCACCACGGUUUGAUCCCCUCCUGAUCUUUCUUUUCAGGAAGAAAAGCCACACUUCUUUUUGAGAGCAAGAGGGGAUUGUUGUUCGUUUUAUUUUGGAGAACAUACCCUUCAAGCCCAUGAAAAUUAACUAGCAGAAAUGGCUUUCUUGGCCAUUACUUAGAAAAUGGAAUGCACUGGUGUAACAUUGUAAUUGUCCUAGGUCCUGAGCACGUGUCCCAGGGGCAGGACGCAAAAGUCUUUUGUUAUGUGUUUGUCAAGUUGAAAGAACUUGGGGUUCUGGUCUCCACUGGGCCUCUCUGUGACUUGGGAGAAGGGUCAGUAUUUCAGUUUCCUUCUCUACACAGUGAGAGAUUUGAAAUGAUCACUAAGGGUUCUUCGCUACUCAAGAUAUGAGACCUAUUCAGAAUAGGAACAAAGUAGCUUAAAAUUGAACUAUCAAGAGAUACUUUAGAAGUAAAGAAAAAACAUUUUGUAGGGCAAAAAGAAUGAAUUCUAUUUGCAUUGAACCUCUAAACGGCAUUCUAGCCAUGCUUACCUGGAUUGGCAUAUCCACAGUUCCCACACAAGUUGUAACCACUCUGUGUUCCUGUAAAUAUUUUUAAACUAGUCUAACAACAGUACUCUCAUAUAAGAAAUGUCUUGUGAAACUUUUUGGAAGUCCUUUCUUAGCUUUAAAGCUGUGUUGAAGAAUACUGUGUUAAUAAACACAAAGAAAUUGUUUCCUUCCA